AUUAGCCGUAUGGGCGGGGCAGGCCCACCAAGGCAGCAUAGAAGAACUAGGGUUUUAUCGCUAUUAUCGUCGCCCAAAACCCCGAGCCCCGAUUCUUCCGUCCUACUUCCAUGGCAUUUGCUUCCAGUUUCAGACGCGUGCUUGGCGCAUCAACCUCUGCGACUUCCUCCAUUCUACAAUUCGGCUCCAUCCGAUUCAGUUCCACACUAACCUCUCCCAAACUCUUUGUCAGUGGUCUUUCAAGAUUAACAACGGAUGAGAAGCUCAGAGACGCAUUUUCUCCUUUUGGCCAACUUGUUGAAGCAAAAGUGAUACAAGAUCGAAUGUCUGGAAGAUCAAAGGGGUUUGGUUUUGUUUCUUAUGCAACAGUAGAAGAGGCUGAGAAGGCUAGAGAAGGGAUGAAUGCUAAGUUUUUGGAUGGAUGGGUUAUAUUUGUCGACCCUGCCAAGCCAAGAGAGCCCAGGCCUCCAGCUCAACUAGAGCCAGAGCCUUCAGAGAGUGGGUUCAGAACAAACAAGACAGUUGGGUGGUGUGGGUGAUUAUUGUUAUUGUUUGGAAGGUGCUUAAAACACUGCAUCCUUAUUUAUUAGCCAGAGAUAUAUAUUUCGGUCAUUGAACAGGCGGGGAUUAUUGAUGAUUUAUUUUGUAACAAAUAGAACUCUGAACCUCAUCUGUAUUGAUUCAGAUCCGCCUUCAUCCAGACUCCAUGUUAAUUUUCUGAUUCUAAUUAUGAUCCAUUUGAGAUCUUUUGAAUGCU